AUGGAUGUAUCUUCUGGAGAUGAAUCAGAUGGGCCAAUUCCAACUGCAACGACUGUAUCUGUCCCUACUUCCACUGUACCCGCUGCUCCGGCAAAGAUUCAACCUACACCUGAAGAGAAGAAACGCAUUGAGGAUAACAUACAAGCUCUAAUGCGGGAAUUUGAGCGGAAGCGCUUAGAAGAAAAGAUUCGUAAAGUUGCUAGUAUUCCCCCUGCACCCUUGAAAAUACAACCAUUGCCAGUCCCAGAGGAGGAGGUUAAGUCUAACACAGUAUCUACAUCCGGGCUAUAUCCUAACGAAGACAAACCAAUGGCCGUAGAGGAUUGUUCUACUAAUGAGGCUAACCAUCAACCGUUGAUAAAAUCAGAGACUUGUUCGAUAACACAUUCAUCUCCUGAUGACGCUGUUACUUCAGCGGAGCCUGUAUCUGUAACUACAGUAAAAACGGAGAGCAAUGACGUUAAGAAAGACGAUAAUGCUUGCGAACUUCCCUCAUCAUCUGUUGAAGUUCCUCCAGUUCCAGUUUAUGAGGAAAUAGAACAAUGUAUCUAUAAGGUUGAAAGCAAGAAGAAGGCAGUUUCUCUUAUGUAAGC